AGCUGGAAUUGACUGUACAGCACCAGUUUCGGCUCAGCCAACCAGAACUGGAGGAAUUGCAGCAGCAGCUAGAUUACUUGCUCGCGAAAGGAUUCAUCCGGCCUAGUUCAUCGCCAUACGCCGCCCCGAUACUGUUCACGCCAAAGAAUGACGGGGAAUUCCGAAUGGGCAUUGACUGUCACGCACUGAACCGAAUCACCAUAAAAUCACCCAGCCGACUUCCUUACCAAGCGGCUAGCUGAAGAGCCACACUGGCGCUGUGCGAGGAUGCGGGAAUGUCCUUGAACUAGAGACGGCGAAACAAGCCGACAGUCUGAGGGGAGUGUGU